AUGUAGACGAGGUGGUGGUGAUCGAGAUGUAGAAGGAGAAAUCACAGAAAUUCCGAUUGUAGUUCAAUGUAAAUUAAAUGGCGAAGAAUUGGAGACGUGGACUAAAGGCGGUGCUAUUCCACGGUCAUCGACACUUAACGGACGAUCAGCUAAAGAAACUAAUCAAGGACAAACUUCUUCGAGACGAAGAUUCAGCCGAACAACUGAAGAAGUUAAAAGAAAAAGGCAUCUCGUUCACCAAACUAUGGGAAAAAAAUAUAUUCUGCUGUUUAUCAUCCGUCGCGUCAAAGAUAGUCUAUGGGCUAUAUUCGGCAUCAACCGGAUCAAGCCAUUCAAGGACAACUAUUCUAAGGAUCAAAUGAAGGCUUGGAAACAACAAAAAGAUGAACGGACCCAAGCUAACGCCAUUUGGACACAGGCGGUACUUGAAGUGAUUUUCGAUGAGGAACAUACCUCGUCGAAAAUCGAGGCUGAUAUUGUUGAAGCAUGGAUACAUAAAAUCUCCGCUACACAGGAUGACGUAGGAGACGUAGAAGAAAAUAAUAGUAGUAUUGGCAGUGUUGAAUCGAGGUCAAUUUUAACUGAUGACGAUUAA